AUGGCUUGUGUAUGCUCGUUCAUCUUAGCUUUGGUAACUAAAGGAGGAAUUUUAUUCGAAUUGGACAUCUUUCCCGAAGAGGACGAGUCCUGUCGGAAUACCGUAAACGAAUAUUAUGUGGAUAUGACUGCAGUGAAUCAACAAUGGUUAUAUGGUACACUAUAUCGAUUCUGGAUUCGCAAUAUAGUGACCGUAUUUGUGCCAUUCUUCCUAUUGACGCUCAUCAAUUUCAAGACUCUCGUCAAGUUGAAAGCACAACUUAAACAGGCGAAAUGUCGAGAAGGACGCAAAUUCUCGGUUCGCGUUGAAAAUAAGGCGAAAUGUCGAGAAGGACGCAAAUUCUCGGUUCGCGUUGAAAAUAAGGUAAUUUCAGUUUGUUGUCGUAGUCUCCAGGAGAAACAAGUAAACACGUCCGGAACGAAGUAA